UAGGUAAGUACUUAUGUUAAAGAAAUUUCUAACGAUGUGUUUUUAAACUUAGCUUUUAACAUAUGGAGACCAUAUUAUGCGAAAAUAGUGGCCUAUCUCGAUUUGAAGUAGCUGAUUAAAAAAUGGCUAUAAUAGCUGAGACAGGUUCAAAUAGAAAGAAGGCAGAGAUACUCGCGGUGACUUUCUCGUUGUUGGUGGCAAUGGUUAUGCUAGGCCUGAUUCUGUUGUUGUUCAUAAGGAAAAAGAAGAAGAAACUAAACCUCCAAGAAGAUUUUGAGCUUCCACAGUUUCAACUGUCGAUAAUAACAAGAGCCACAAAUAAUUUUUCAGUCAAUAACAAGAUUGGAGAGGGUGGAUUUGGACUUGUUUACAAGGGAAUGCUGGAAGAAGGACAAGAAAUUGCCGUGAAGAGACUCUCAAGGACUUCCAUGCAAGGACUUGAUGAAUUCAAGAACGAAGUUAUCUAUAUUGCCAAGCUUCAGCACAGAAAUCUUGUGAGACUUCUAGGUUGCUUCAUUCAAGGGGAAGAAAAGAUGUUGAUCUAUGAAUACAUGCCUAACAAAAGCCUGGAUUCCUACAUAUUUGAUCAAGCCAAGAAAAAGUUACUUGAUUGGCCAAAGCGCUUUGACAUCAUAAACGGAAUUGCACAUGGCUUAUUGUAUCUCCAUCAAGAUUCUCGACUAAGGAUUAUCCAUAGAGACCUUAAAGCAAGCAAUGUUUUGCUAGAUAUAGAAAUGAAUCCAACAAUAUCAGACUUUGGCUUGGCUAGAAGUGUCGCAGGAAAUGAGAUGGGAGCAAAAACAAGCCAUGUGGUUGGGACACAUGGCUACAUGUCCCCAGAAUAUGCAGUAGAUGGGAUCUUCUCUGUAAAAUCAGAUGUCUUUAGCUUUGGUGUUUUGGUGUUAGAGAUUGUGAGUGGCAAGAGAAAUAGAGGAUUUGUCCAUCAAGAUAACAACCUUAACCUUCUCGGUCAUGCAUGGAAGCUUUACAAAGAAGAUAGGUCCUUGGAACUAAUUGAUGAGCAACUAGCUGAUUCUUGCGAUAUUUCUAAAGUUCUAAGGUCAAUCCAAGUGGGUUUAUUAUACGUGCAACAACAUCCGGAUGAUAGACCAGGCAUGUUUUCUGUGGUUCAGAUGUUGGCUAAUGAUAGUCUACUGCCGAAAGCAAAAGAACCGGGAUUUUUCACUGAACGAAAUGUAGUUUAUGAAGCAAAAUUAGGAUCUCAUACGGGAAGUUCAAAAAAUGAAUUGACAAUCACAUCGUUAGAUCCUCGGUAGAGUACUGUGAACGGAAUAACUAUUACUGUAACAUAUAUUUAUAAAAUUGUACAAUAAAGGAACUUUUUCUGCAAAAGCACUAGCAGGCUAGAGUUCUCCUGGUGAAAUCGAAGAUAUUAUCCUAAACGAAACUAUACCGUUACAAAAUACCAUGCUUU